CCCCCGACUUGGACUCUGAUUGGUCUCGUGGUUCUGACGGUACGAUGACGCGGGGCGGGUUCUCUGUUGUCUGCUUGCGGCCCGCGGCCUUCCGAAGUUUUUCGCGCUGGUGGCUGCAGGUCAGGAGUCCGUAGCGGGUCCUCGGCCGCCAGGCCUGCGGCUCUAGCGGGUACUGCCUCCUGGCCUCUGGGUAUAUUGUGGGGCGUUUUCUUGAAAGCGCUGGUCGGAUCACGCCAGAGAGGCCGCAGCCUACUGGUUGGUCUCCUAGAUAACCUUCAGUAAGUCAGGGGGAGCUGCUCUGCUGUGUUAAGGACGGUGUCUCCACUACCUGGCACAUGGGAAGGAAGCUUCCCUGCUCUUGGACAGCUUCGCCAGGCUUCUGACUUCGACAGCUUCUGGAUUCCCACAUCUCCCUUCAAAAAGAGACUUUGGAAAUUAGAUUGUAACCUCAGAUUGCAGGAUGAAUGAGUGGCAUCAGACUUUUGAGCAAAAUGCACUGGUUCCUCCCCACCCACAGAGGGCUCGCCAGCCUCUGAAGGAGUCAGCAGCAUUUCAGUGUCUCCUGAAGUCACUUGAUGGGCCACUUCGGAAGCAGGGAGUGCUGGAGGUGCUGUCAGAGGUGGGGUGCCACCUGCGUGUGUCGCUCUUUGAUGUCACCUACCGACACUUCUUCGGGAGGACUUGGAAGACUUCAGUGAGGCUUGCUGAGAAGCUUUCUGGUCAGCCACCCAAAAUGGUCUUUAAUGAGCCCUUGUAUUUCCACACAUCCUUGAACCACCCAAACAUUGUGGCCGUGGUAGAAGUGGUCACUGAAGGCAGGAAGCGAGACGGCACCCUCCAGACCUUGUCAUGUGGGUUUGGAAUUCUUCGGGUCUUCAGCUGCAAACCGGAAUCUCCCACCUCUGCCUCCCAGGAUAAGCGGCUGAAGCUGUAUUAUGGCACCCCCAGAGCCCUGUUGCAUCCACUCCUCCUCGAUCCCAUAGAACAAAGCAAGCACAUGACUGUCAUUGAGAACUGCAGCCUGCAGUACAGCCUGAGGCCAUACCUGCUCCUGGAGCCUGCCUUUCACCUUUUUCCUGAGAACCUUCUGGUGUCUGGUCUGCAGCACAUACCUGGCCUCCUCCCAGCUCUUGGAGAAAUGGGGGAUGCCCUCCGGAAGCCUCGUUUCCAGAAGUCCGUCACCUGCUACUUGGAUGAUGUAUUCUUCACGCUAUACCCCUCCCUGGAGAAGUUUGAGGAGGAGCUUCUGGAACUCCUUAUCAGUGAUCACCUCCGGGAGGGGGGGAGCCUGCUGGACAGUGGGACCCUGGAGAUCUUAGAACGACGACUGCACGUGGGUGUACAUAAUGGACUGGGCUUUGUUGAGAGGCCGCAGGUCGUGGUGCUGGUGCCAGAGAUGGAGGUGGCCUUGACACGCUCAGCCAGCUUCUGUAGGAGACUUGGCUCCUCCUCAAAGACCAGCUCUGGAGACCAGGCUCUGGUUCUGAGAAGCCGCCUCCGACUGCCUGAGAUGGUUCAGCACCCUUCAUUCGCCAUCAUUUUUCAGCUGGAGUACGUGUUCAACAGCUCUUCAGGAGUGGACAGCAACGCAGCUUCUGUCACCUCCCUGACCAACUUGGCCUGCAUGUACAUGGUUCGAUGGGCUGUUUGGAACCCCGUACCAGAGGCAGGCUCUGGGAGGGUCAUCUUACCCCUCCAGGGCGGCACCCAGUGCAACCCUUCACACUGUCUGGUCUACAAGGUGCCUUCAGCCAGCAUGAGCUCCGAAGAGGUAAAGCAGGUGGAGUCCGGGACAGUGCAGUUCCAGUACUCUGUGAACUCAGAAGGACAGUUGGACAUACCCACAGGGCACAUUGUCAGCCCCAAGGUAGACCAGCGGCCCUCCAGGAAGCCACCUACGUCCCCUUCAAGUCCUCAGACGCCUCCACCCCAAGGGCUUGCUGUCCCCCAAGACUCAUCAGUAGGACCAGGGUUGUCGCUUUCCCAGCUGGUGGCAUCCCCUCUGACCUGUUCAGCCAAGCCCUCUGCACAGCGGCCCCAGGAUUGUGAGCCCUCUCUGGCCCAGGAGCAGGAGCUCCCAUUGGAGGGCAGAAUCUCUCACCUGGAAGCUGACCUGAGCCAGACACCCUCAGUCCUUGGACCGUCUGUUGCCGAGCUUUUGCAGGAGCUGCCUUUCACACCUCUGCAUGCUCCAAUCAUCAUGGGAGCCCAGACCAGGGGAUCUGGAAAGAAGCCCUCACGGGCUUCUAUGGUGCUGCUGCAGGCCUCCGGCUUUCCUGAAAUUCUUGAUGCCAACAAGCAGCCUGUGGAAGCUGUCAGUCCUACAGAUCCUGUGAAAUUCAACCCUCAAAAGGAAGAAUCAGACGGCCUUCAGAGCAAUGAAAUUGUACUGCAGUUCCUUGCUUUCAGCAGAGUGUCCCAGGACUCCCCAGGAACGCCAUGGCCAAAGACUAUAUAUUUCACCUUCCAGUUCUACCGCUUCCCGCCUGCUACAACACCACGCCUACAGCUGGUCCAACUGGACAGGACAGGGGGGACCAGCUCAGGCUCCCUGUCACAUGUCCUGGUUCCAAUUGGUAAAGAUGGCUCCUGUGAUGCUGGGGCUCCUGGCUUCCAGUUGAAGUACAUGGUGGAUCCUGGAUUCCUGAGACCUGGAGAACCUCGCUGGUUCACUCGCUACCUGGCCAUGCAAACCCUGCAGAUCGAUGUCUGGGAUGGAGACUCCCUGCUCCUCAUUGGAUCUGCUGCUGUGCAGAUGAAGCAUCUCCUCCGCCAAGGGCGACCAGCCGUGCAGGUGUCACAUGAGCUCGAGGUCGUGGCCACUGAGUAUGAGCAGGAUGCCAUGGUGGUGAGUGGAGAUGUCACUCGGUUUGGGAGCAUCAAGCCCAUUGGUGUCCACACGGUGGUGAAGGGCCAUCUGCACCUGACCUUGGCCAAUGUGGGUCACUUGUGUGCACAGAAAGUGAGAAACGCCGGCUCAUUGCCACCUUCUCGGUCACGGGUCAUCUCGAAUGAUGGAUCCAACCACUUCCUUGGAGGCAGCCUCAUGUGUGGGGCUCCCAGACCUGUGAAAAAUGUGGUCCAAGCUCAGAAACUAGCUGAUGUGGAUGGUGAGCUGGCAGCCAUGCUGUUCAGUCCCCUGCCCCAGAGCCGUGCCAGGCCCUGGGGUGUUGGCAGCGAGGGGGAGGUGGUCCGUAGGCGAAAGCUGGAGAGGAUGCGGUCGGUGCGCCUACAGGAGGCUGGCAGGGAGCAUGGCAGCCGGAGGCCCAGCACACUGGCCCAGCAGGGCAUCCACGCACAGCAUGCUCGGGACUUGCAGGUCAUCGCCGCCUAUCGGGAGCGCAUGAAGGCUGAAAGCAUCUCCAGCGCCCUGAGCUUGGCCAUCACCACGCAGCACACGCUCUAUGCCUCGCUGGGCAUGGCUGAGUUCUUCGAGUUUGCCCUUAGGAACCCCCACAACAUGCAGCACACGGUCACCAUCGAGAUUGAUAACCCUGAGCUCAGCAUCAUCCUGGACAGUCAGGAGUGGAGAUACUUCAAAGACUCAGCCAACCUACACACACCGGUGGAGGAGGACAUGUUCCACAUGCAGGGCAACCUGGCCCCCCAGCUCUACUUGCGCCCCUGGGAGACUGCCCACAUUCCCUUCAAAUACCAGAGCUUUUCAGUGGGACAGCUGGCUGGGACACAGGCUACUGCUGAGCUGAGACCUGAGAAGGACACGGAGUCUGGGUCACCUCUGAAAUCCAGCACGAUGCCCACUAAACACGCCAAGGUGGUGUUCCGAGCAGCUGGUAAGCCCCUGGCUGUGCUCUGUCUGACGGUGGCACCCCAGCCUCACGUGGUGGACCAGAUCUUCCGAUUUUAUCAUCCGGAGCUCACCUUUCUGAAGAAGGCCAUCCGCCUGCCUCCCUGGCACACGCUUCCAGGUGCUCCUGUGGGGAAGCUAGGUGAGGACCCCCCAGUCCAUGUCCGGUGUAGUGAUCCCAAUGUCAUUUGUGAGACCCAGAACGUGGGCCCUGGGGAGCCUCGGGAUGUGUUUCUGAAGGUGGCAAGUGGCCCCAGCCCAGAGACCAAAGACUUCUUUGUCUCCAUUUAUGCGGAUCGAUGGCUGGCGACACCUGUCCAGAUCUGGCAGGUCUAUGUCCACUCGCUGCAGCGUGUGGAUGUCUCGUGUGUCACAGGCCAGAGCACCCGCCUGUCCCUGGUUCUUCGAGGGACACAGGCUGUUAGGAAAGUGAGAGCUUUCACCUCACAUCCUCAGGAGCUGACGACGGAUCCCAAAGGUACCUUUGUGUUGCCCCCCCUCGGGGUGCAGGACCUGCACAUGACUGUGCGGCCCCGGCGGGCGGGCAGCCGCUUCCUGAACCUCCACCUGGUCGAUGUGGACUUCCAUCAGCUGGUGGCCUCAUGGCUUGUGUGUCUCUCCUGUCGCCUGCCAUUCAUUUCGAAGGCCUUUGAGAUCCGGCUGAUUGCAGGGUCAGGGAAGGGUGCCAACAAGCGGAUCACCUACACCAACCCCUACCCCUCUCAGAGGACCUUCCAUCUGCACAGUGACCAUCCCCACUUGCUACACUUCAGAGAGGACUCAUUCCAGGUUGGGGGAGGUGAGACCUACACCAUCGGCUUGCGGUUUGAACCUGGCAGGAAUACAGGGGAGGAGGAGAUUCUGAUUUACAUCAACGACCAUGAAGACAAAAAUGAGGAGGCCUUCUGUGUGAAGGUCAUCUACCAGUAAAGCAGUGGCUACUUAGGGGUGGAGACCCACCCAGGUGACCCUCAAGCUGGCCUGAGGGAGAAGGGCCACUGCACAAAGCCCUUGGAGCCUCUCUUUUGAUUUGCUUUAACAAAAUGUAUUUUUUGUAAUCAUCCUCAGUGAUAAAAUUGUGUGUGUGUGUGUGUGUGUGUGUGUUUUACUGGGUUUUGUAUAAACACUAUAUAGUAUUUCAUACUGGUAUCAUUUUUAAAUAUUUUAAAAAUUAUUUAUGGAACAUUAAACUUUUGUAUCUUUUUGCUCUUAA